CUUUUCACAAGUAAGGCACGUACAGAGAUCGAGAGACGUCUCUGUUAUUCAGCUCCCAUCAGAGGCUCAGAGCUCGUAGGGCGAGAAGGCUUGCAAUCCUACUGUGAUAACGAGGAAGGGAGAGGAAGGAUGGGCUUUCGCCUCGAUUUUUUUCUCUUUUUGAUCGCCAUGUUCUCCACACCUGUGCUCUCCGACUUGAUCUUCGCAAGGGUUGAUCGACGGAUGGACUUAACUUCUCAGAUUGUGCGCAUCACCUCAUCACUGAAGGUGGAGAAUGCAGGCACUGAUGUUGUGUCAGAGGUUUUAUUGGCUUUACCUGAUUACCAGGAUAAGAACUUAGCAUUCAUGAAAGCAUUUGCUAGUGAAGGAAAAGGAAAAACCAAAUCUUCUACUACCAGCCUUCCUUUUAAAGUUGUGAAUCCUGAAGGGAUGCCUCCAUCUUUGACUUUCUAUUCUGUGUCUUUGCCCAAGGGACUCAGUAAGGGGGAGAGUUUCACAUUGGAUGUCUUUGCUGUAUUCACACAUUCCAUACGACCAUUCCCCGAGGAAAUUACUCAGGCUGAUUCGCAGAUUGUCUUGUUCCGGGAUAGUGCAUACUAUCUCUCUCCUUAUGAAGUCAGGUUCCAGUCACUCACUGUUACACUACCAAGUUCAAGAGUUGAAUCAUAUACAAAACUUCAUAAUACGAAGCAUGUAGAUUCAGAGAUCAAAUACGGCCCAUAUGAGAAACUUCCACCCUUCUCAUACUCACCAAUAGUUAUUCAUUUUGAAAACAAUAGACCUUUUGCUGUUGCUCAACAGUUGGUAAGAGAGAUAGAAAUCUCCCAUUGGGGCAACAUACAGGUCACAGAGCAUUAUAACCUUGUCCAUGGAGGUGCCCAAAACAAAGGGGGCUUUUCCAGACUUGAUUAUCAAGUCAGGGCCCAUAUAAGAGGUUCGUCAUCAUUUAGGCAUCUUAUUGCUAGAUUGCCUCCAAGAGCUCGUUCUGUUUACUAUAGAGAUGAAAUUGGCAAUAUCUCAACAUCCCAUUUAUGGGGUGAUUCUAGAAAGACAGAACUGGAAAUUGAACCUCGUUACCCAAUGUUUGGAGGCUGGAGAACAGCUUUUACAAUUGGUUACGGUUUACCACUCAAGGAUUUUCUGUUUGAAUCUGGAAAAAAGCGUUUCCUUAAUAUCACUUUUGGUUGCCCUAUAGAUGAUGUGGUUGUCGAGAAUCUCAUUGUAAAGGUCGUCUUACCUGAAGGAUCAAAGGACAUUUCUGUUUCUGUUCCAUUUGUGGUAAAACAAUCGCAAGAGGCCAAGUAUUCCCACUUAGAUAUUGCAGGCAGGCCAGUGGUCAUAUUAGAAAAGACUAACAUUGUGCCGGAGCAUAAUGUGCAUUUUCAGGUUUAUUACAAGUUCAAUACCCUUUCGUUGCUUAGGGAGCCAUUGAUGUUGAUAUUUGGGUUCUUCCUCCUCUUCAUUGCUUGCAUUGUAUAUAUGCAUGCUGAUAUAACAAUAUCCAAGACGUCUGCUUCUUAUCUGGCAAAGCUACAGUGGGAUGAGGUGCAAGCAGCAAUACAGCAAUUCCUGAACAACAUCAAUCACUGUUUAGCAGUCCAUGAGAAACUGGAAGCAUCAUUGCGUGACCUCUCCAGGACAGGGGAUGUACAAUCUUGUAAAGCAGCUCGUAAAGCAGCUGAUGGUUUGUUGAAAGAGUUGGCAAAAGAGUUGAAACCCUUGCUGGCAUUUUUGCAGUCUUCUCCCCAAGCUACCCAGCUAUGGUCUAAGGUGGAGGAGCUGGUCGCCAAGGAGAGAGAGAUGCAAGAGAAACUAAUGCUGAAACACUCGACAGUGGUGGACAGUUAUGAAAAGAAAUCAGGGGGGAGGGAAAUUGAGAACAGGAUUGCUUCUCUUCAACAGAAACUGGUGGCCUUGAGGAAGGAUGUGGAUGAACUGCUUGAGUUCUUGGACGAAAUCUGAUAGAUAGGUUUAUUAAUAGGAUUAGAAGAAGCCAAGGAAUAAUUUUUGGUCAUGUUUCUAAAUAUUUUAAUUUUGGGGAUAUGUUUGGAUCAGAAUUUUUGUGUUUUAGUUGA